AUUUGCUUGUAAAUGCAUCACGAAGAGGUAGCCCAGAAUGAAGAAAACAAGCAGGAGUGUUGGCUCAGUGCCUAAAGUGUCUGGGAUAAGCAAAACACAAACAGUAGAAAAAACUAAACCUGAGAACAGCUCUUCAGCAUCUACAGGAGGCAAAUUCGUAAAACCAGGAACAGCAGCAUCGUUGUCAAAGACCAAGAGCAGUGAUGACCUUUUAGCUGGAAUGGCUGGAGGGGUGACAGUGACUAAUGGUGUUAAAGGAAAGAAGAGCACCUGCCCUUCUGCAGCAUCUUCAGCAUCUGCCCCUGCCAUGACCACUGUGGAGAACAAAUCCAAGAUUAGCACAGGCACUAGUUCUUCAACCAAGCGGAGCACUUCCACAGGUAAUAAAGAAUCCAGUUCUACUAGAGAAAGAUUACGUGAACGUACCCGACUAAACCAGAGCAAAAAACUACCUUCUGCAGGUCAGGGAACUAAUGACGUGGCAUUGGCUAAACGUUCCCGAAGUCGCACUGCCACGGAAUGUGAUGUUCGCAUGAGCAAGUCUAAAUCGGACAAUCAGAUCAGUGACAAAGCUGCUUUGGAAGCCAAAGUGAAAGAUCUUCUCACACUGGCAAAAACCAAAGACGUGGAAAUUUUACAUUUAAGAAGUGAACUCCGAGACAUGCGGGCUCAGCUGGGCGUUAAUGAGGAUCAUUCUGAGGGUGAUGAAAAAUCUGAGAAGGAAGCCAUUAUUGCUCACCAGCCGACUGAUGUUGAGUCCACUUUAUUGCAGUUACAGGAACAGAAUACUGCCAUCCGUGAAGAACUCAACCAGCUGAAAAAUGAAAACAGAAUGUUAAAGGAUAGGUUGAAUGCAUUGGGCUUUUCCCUAGAGCAGAGGUUAGACAACUCUGAAAAACUGUUUGGCUAUCAGUCCCUGAGCCCAGAAAUCACCCCUGGUAACCAGAGUGAUGGAGGAGGGACUCUGACUUCUUCAGUGGAAGGCUCUGCCCCUGGGUCAGUGGAGGAUCUCUUGAGUCAGGAUGAAAACACCCUCAUGGACCAUCAGCACAGUAACUCUAUGGACAAUCUAGACAGCGAGUGCAGUGAGGUGUACCAGCCCCUCACAUCAAGCGAUGACGCCCUAGACGCACCCUCGUCCUCAGAGUCAGAAGGCAUUCCGAGCAUAGAGCGCUCUCGGAAGGGGAGCAGUGGGAAUGCCAGUGAAGUGUCUGUUGCUUGCUUGACGGAGCGGAUCCACCAGAUGGAAGAGAACCAACACAGUACGAGUGAGGAACUUCAGGCAACUCUGCAGGAGCUAGCUGAUUUACAGCAGAUUACCCAAGAACUGAAUAGUGAAAAUGAAAGGCUCGGAGAGGAGAAGGUUAUUCUCAUGGAGUCUUUAUGUCAGCAGAGUGAUAAGUUGGAACACUUUAGCCGACAGAUUGAAUAUUUCCGCUCCCUUCUAGAUGAACAUCACAUUUCUUAUGUCAUAGAUGAAGAUGUGAAAAGUGGACGCUAUAUGGAAUUGGAACAGCGUUACAUGGAUCUAGCUGAGAAUGCCCGUUUUGAACGAGAGCAGCUUCUGGGUGUCCAGCAGCAUUUAAGCAAUACUUUGAAGAUGGCAGAACAAGACAACAAGGAAGCUCAAGAAAUGAUAGGGGCACUCAAAGAACGAAAUCACCAUAUGGAGCGAAUUAUUGAGUCUGAGCAGAAGGGUAAAGCAGCCUUGGCAGCCACAUUAGAGGAGUACAAAGCCACAGUGGCCAGUGACCAGAUAGAGAUGAACCGCGUGAAGGCCCAGUUGGAGAAUGAAAAGCAGAAAGUGGCAGAGCUGUAUUCUAUCCAUAACUCUGGAGACAAAUCUGAUAUUCAGGACCUCCUGGAGAGUGUCAGGCUGGACAAAGAAAAAGCAGAGACUUUUGCUAGUAGCUUACAGGAGGACCUGGCUCACACCCGAAAUGAUGCCAAUCGAUUGCAGGACACCAUUGCAAAGGUAGAAGAUGAAUACAGAGCCUUCCAAGAAGAAGCCAAGAAACAAAUAGAAGAUUUGAAUAUGACAUUAGAAAAAUUAAGAUCAGAGCUGGAAGAAAAAGAGACAGAAAGGAGCGACAUGAAAGAAACCAUCUUUGAGCUUGAAGAUGAAGUGGAACAACAUCGAGCCGUGAAACUUCACGACAACCUCAUUAUUUCUGAUUUAGAGAAUACAGUUAAAAAACUCCAGGACCAAAAGCAUGACAUGGAAAGAGAAAUCAAGACGCUCCACAGGAGACUUCGGGAAGAAUCUGCGGAAUGGCGGCAGUUUCAAGCUGAUCUCCAGACUGCAGUGGUCAUUGCAAAUGACAUUAAAUCUGAAGCCCAAGAGGAGAUUGGUGAUCUGAAGCGCCGGUUGCAUGAGGCUCAAGAAAAAAAUGAGAAACUCACAAAAGAAUUGGAGGAAAUAAAGUCACGCAAGCAAGAGGAGGAGCGAGGCCGGGUGUAUAACUACAUGAAUGCUGUUGAGAGAGAUUUGGCAGCCUUAAGGCAAGGGAUGGGUCUGAGUAGAAGGUCCUCAACUUCCUCCGAGCCAACCCCUACGGUAAAAACCCUCAUCAAGUCCUUCGACAGUGCAUCUCAAGUUCCAAACCCUGCUGCAGCUGCAAUUCCUCGAACGCCUCUGAGUCCAAGUCCUAUGAAAACGCCCCCUGCGGCAGCUGUCUCCCCUAUGCAGAGACAUUCCAUAAGUGGACCAAUCUCUACAUCCAAACCCCUGACAGCCCUGUCAGAUAAGAGACCAAACUAUGGAGAAAUCCCUGUUCAAGAGCAUCUAUUAAGAACAUCUUCAACCAGCCGACCUGCUUCUCUGCCGAGAGUACCUGCCAUGGAAAGUGCCAAGAACAUCUCAGUGUCUCGACGAAGUAGUGAAGAGAUGAAACGAGACAUCUCUGCACCUGAGGGAGCGUCGCCGGCCUCUCUGAUGGGGAUGGGAACCACAUCACCACAGCUUUCCCUUUCCUCCUCUCCCACGGCAUCUGUGACCCCCACCACCCGAAGCCGGAUAAGGGAAGAAAGGAAGGAUCCUCUCUCAGCAUUGGCAAGAGAAUAUGGAGGAUCAAAAAGGAAUGCCUUGCUGAAGUGGUGUCAGAAGAAAACAGAAGGCUAUCAGAAUAUUGACAUUACAAACUUCAGCAGCAGCUGGAAUGAUGGGCUGGCCUUCUGUGCUCUCCUGCAUACGUACCUUCCAGCCCACAUUCCAUAUCAAGAACUGAACAGCCAAGAUAAGCGAAGGAACUUCACGCUGGCCUUCCAGGCAGCUGAGAGCGUCGGCAUCAAAUCCACUCUGGACAUUAAUGAAAUGGUGCGGACUGAACGGCCCGAUUGGCAAAAUGUGAUGCUGUACGUGACAGCGAUCUACAAGUACUUUGAAACCUGAGCACACCAGGACGACCCUCCACAGUUAUCAAGCAACACCAACGCCAUUACCUACAUGCCCUGUAAAGCUUUCAGUGACUCUCUGGGUUGCCCCACAGUGUGUGAGCCUUCAAGUUGGGGCCUCCGAGUUGGGAGAACUCGGGCCUCUGUGGCCCACGACUCAGACUGGGCUCCUCCCUCAUGACCUGUCCAGUCAGAGGUCAACGUGGGCUCAACACACAUCAUGCUGAUUGGCAGCCGGAGUUUUCCUUCUGAAGAGAAUAUUGAACUACGUUAGUGCUAUGGGGUGUAAAAAAAAGAAGGGCUCAUGGCACAGCAAAACUUGGGAAAGGGGGUUAAAUUAUAUGGACAGCUCACACAGGGUUAGUGACAGCUGUAGCCACAGUGCUUCUUGACUGCUCGCUGUGCAAGUUCCAUCACCCGUGAGAA